AGUUUUUAACUUUUCAUAUUUAAUUUUUGAGUUUGGAUUUGGAUAGUUUUGGUUAACUUGAGAUGUUUAUAAUUCUUAAUUAUACAUUUUAUUAUUGUGUAUAUAUAUAAAGUUGAGAAAAUUUAUCAGACAUUAAUACCUACUUACCAUUACUUUACCUAAUAUUUUUAAAUGGUCAAUAGGUUAUAACUAAAGACUAGAAAAUUUGCAUCUCAAUGUUCAAGGAAUGUUUAUUUCUGACGAACAAUGUCAAAAGUUAACAAAGAAAACUUUCGUCUCCUGGACUUAUCCAGUGACGAAGAUUCUGAAGAUUUACAGUUAGAAAUAAUACCAAAUAGGAAAAAGAAAAUGUCAAGGAAAGAACGUAACCGAGUUGUUCAACCUCGAGUGGUUGAAACAAGUUUAGGUAAUGAGGUUCAUUGCGUUUUAUGCUGGGCAACUAGAGGAACAUUGGUGUUAUGGCUACUUAUGCUAACAUGGAUCUGUGCAUCACUAUAUGACCAAGUCACUACUAUGAAAGUUGACAUAGCUAAAGUAUCAACGAUAGGUGGUAACGUGAACGAUGACUUACAACUCUGUCACACAAGCUUCAAGGAGCUGAAGAAAAACGCGAGUGCCUUGCAAGAGAGGCUCGAAAAGUUGGAGAUGGCGCAUCAGGCGCUGACAAUACAGAUGAAUAAGACAGCGAGUGAACUAAUGUCUGUGUCGGAACAGCUGUCGGCGGCGCCGAAACUGGUCGAUACUCCGCGGAGGAUAGCAGAGUUGCAGAGAACUGUCGCUGACUUUGGUUCGCAGAUCAAAGGCUUCGACAGCUCAAUAUCGUCAGCUCAUAAGCAGGCUCUUACAGCAACCUCAGGUGUUGAGGAGUUGAAGAGUUACUUGGUACACCUGGAAGAGAGGACCAACGACACGAUAGCUAACGUGUCGGAAAAUGUCAAAUUGGACGAAAGCCUUAAGGAACAGAUAGCGGUUUUGAAUACAACGCUUAUGAGUCGAUUGGAUGGACUGCAAAGCAUAAUUGAUGAAAUUAAUAAGCCAAAAGAGGUUUCAGCGAUUCCAAUGGCACCACCGAGCGCUGUACCCGGUCUCACAUCUACCACAACGAUAGCGGGUCCCGUGAAACCCAGAGUUCUGGAAAUGAAGGAGCCGGCGUCGAGUUAAGAAAUUGCUCAGUUGUCACAAGUACAGUUGCGUCCACGCUACAUACGAGAUAUUUUUGUAUAUUGGUGAAGCGGAAAUGUUUGGGCUCAAAGGUCAAAAAUAUUGUUAAAAUUUAAAAUUGAAUUUUAAUUGGGUCGUUUCUCUCUCAAAUUGUAAUGAGACCAGUGCUUUAGUUAGAAGUUAUUUUUUUAUAAAGAGUAUUUGUAAACGUAAUGCCUCAAACGGUUUGUUGUCACGUUUAUUUACGUUAAGAGUGAUAAGGACGGAGCAUUUAAAACUUGAAAGUUUUUUGAUGCUAUGUAUGCAUAUUGGACUGUAUGGAUUGAAAUUAAUGUACAUUGGAACAGGGCCGGUACUCUGUAAUUUCCAAUUGCGAUUUAGAUAGCAUUAUAUCAGAACGAAAUUGCAUACAAAAGCAAGUUACAGGGUACCAGCGCUGAGGGUACUGGGAUCUACAUCAGACCAGUCAAACAACAAGUUAUUGGCAGCGUAUUUGUAAAAUUGUAUGUCAGAAAUCCUUCAAUUUCCUAGUUCCUAAUACUCCAGCGAAAUUUGUAUGCCAUUUAAUUUUAAAUAUUCAUCGAAACGAAGUAUUAUUGUGUUUGAUAGCAUCUUUCUUAUUUUCCUUAAACAUAUAUAUACAUUGCUUAUAUAUAAGGAUACAACCCAGCCACAAUAUUGUGUUGAUGAGAUGAAAAUCUCUUUAACAUUGGAUACUGUACUUGAUAAUUUGGUAUUCCAUAACCAAAAUUUAGCGUAGACGCCUGAUUCACGUAUAACAUAACAAAAACUGUCUUGUCUUCUAGUCUGAAAAUAUUUAUGACCACAUUUAAUAUUAUUUUUUUAAGUUAUAUCCUUGCCAUCUUGCG